CAGGGCCUGGGGAUCACACAGGAUCCGGAGCCGGUGCUGAUAACAGCGGAAUCCCCUAUCUACCUCUCUCCUUGGUCCUGGAAUAGCGCUACCGAUCACCAAGUAGCCAUAAGAUAUUAUAAUAAACGCUCAGCACUUGCUCAGUAGUUUUGUGAAAGUCUCGAAUAAAAGGGACAAAAAACAAUUUUUUUCGUGUGUGUGUGAAGGACUCCAAAAAUAAAAUUCUCUAGGGAUUAAAAAAAAAAACAACAGAAAAUGCCAGCUGAUAUAAUGGAGAAAAAUUCCUCGUCCCCGGUGGCUGCUACUCCAGCCAGUGUCAACACGACACCGGAUAAACCAAAGACAGCAUCUGAACACAGAAAGUCAUCAAAGCCUAUUAUGGAGAAAAGACGAAGAGCAAGAAUAAAUGAAAGUCUGAGCCAGCUGAAAACACUGAUUUUGGAUGCUCUUAAGAAAGAUAGUUCGCGGCAUUCCAAACUGGAGAAAGCAGACAUUCUGGAAAUGACAGUGAAGCACCUCCGGAACCUGCAGCGGGCACAGAUGACGGCCGCGCUAAGCACAGACCCGAGCGUGCUGGGGAAGUACCGCGCGGGUUUCAGCGAGUGCAUGAACGAGGUGACCCGCUUCCUGUCCACGUGCGAGGGCGUUAACACCGAGGUGCGCACCCGGCUGCUCGGCCACCUGGCCAACUGCAUGACCCAGAUCAACGCCAUGACCUACCCCGGGCAGCCGCACCCGGUCUUGCAGGCAGCGAAGGUGUUCGGUGGCUUCCAGGUGGUGCCGGCUCCAGACGGCCAGUUCGCCUUCCUCAUCCCCAAUGGGGCCUUCGCUCACAGUGGCCCCGUCAUCCCAGUUUACACCAGCAACAGCGGGACCACCGUGGGACCCAAUGCAGUGUCGCCUUCCAGCGGACCUUCGCUCACGGCCGACUCCAUGUGGAGGCCCUGGCGGAACUGAGGGGCUCAGGCCACCCCUCCCCCCAAACUCAACCUCUCUCUCUUCUCUCGGGACACUAAACAGGAACUUGGAUGCUGGGAAAGAAGAGAACUUUUGUGAUUAAGUGGUUACUUUGUUUUUUUAAUUUCUAAAAAGUUACUUUUUUUGUAGAGAGCUGUAUUAAGUGACUGACCAUGCACUAUAUUUGUAUAUAUUUUAUAUGUUCAUAUUGGAUUGCGCCUUUGUAUUAUAAAAGUUCAGAUGACAUUUCGUUUUUUACACGAGAUUUCUUUUUUAUGUGAUGCCAAAGAUGUUUGAAAAUGCUCUUAAAAUAUCUUCCUUUUGGGAAGUUUAUUUGAGAAAAUAUAAUAAAAGAAAAAAGUGAAGACU